CAAUCAGAGCGCCCAGAGCCUCUGGCGAAUGAAGCUCGAGUGGAGAACUUUGUUGAACUUCAUUGUCAGAGCUGUCACUUUUCAAAGCGCUUUAACGGGCGGGCUACUAUAAAACCAUCACCUCGACGGGAGGACCAAGGAGGACUCGCAGACGCCCAAGAGGGAUCGUUACUUGAAGACCUUUGCUAAGCCCAAGAGAGGGGGCAUUGAGGGGGCGGGAGGGGCGGGAAGCCAGCCAUUUACCCUCUGGCCACUGGAAGAAGGGUUUUUUCCGCCCGCCCCGCUCCUAACAUGAUGUUCCCCGGCCUCCUCGCGCCCCCCGCCGGGUACCCCAGCCUCCUGCGCCCCACGCCCACCUUAACGCUGCCCCAAUCCCUGCAGUCGGCAUUUUCCGGCCACUCGAGCUUCCUGGUGGAGGAUCUGAUCCGCAUCAGCCGACCUCCAGCCUACCUGCCCCGCAGCGUGCCCACCACCAGCAUGUCGCCCCCUAGGCAGAGGGCCCCUGCGGCUCUCACAGACACCGGGGCCUCGGACCUGGGCUCCCCGGGCCCGGGCAGUCGGCGGGGCGGCUCACCGCAGACAGCUGCCUCCCCUGCCAGCGAGCCCACGUUUCUGAAGUUUGGAGUGAACGCCAUCCUCUCCUCGGCGCCCAGAACUGAAACGUCCCCCGCCUUGCUCCAGAGUGUCCCUCCCAAGACCUUCACCUUUCCCUACUUUGAAGGCUCCUUCCAGCCUUUCAUCAGAUCUUCUUAUUUCCCAGCGUCCUCCAGCGUCGUGCCCAUCCCGGGGACCUUCUCCUGGCCGCUGGCCGCCCGCGGCAAGCCUCGCCGGGGCAUGCUGCGUCGAGCCGUGUUCUCUGAUGUGCAACGCAAGGCGCUGGAGAAGAUGUUCCAGAAACAAAAGUACAUCAGCAAGCCCGAUCGCAAGAAGCUGGCGGCCAAGUUGGGCUUGAAAGACUCACAGGUGAAAAUCUGGUUCCAGAACCGGCGCAUGAAGUGGCGGAAUUCCAAGGAACGCGAGCUCUUGUCUAGCGGGGGCUGCCGUGAGCAGACCCUUCCCACCAAACUCAAUCCGCACCCAGACCUCAGUGACGUGGGUCAGAAGGGUCCUGGGGACGAAGAGGAGGAGGACGAGGGCCAGGGCAGCCCCCGCCACCGCCUGGUCUAUCACGCGUCCCCCGACCCUCCGCACCUGCGGGACCCGCGGCUGCGGCUGCAAGGGCCGCUGCCCUCUUCGCCCGCGCACUCAGGCAGCCCUGACAAACCUUCGGACUUCUCCGACUCCGAGGACGAUGAGGAGGGUGCGGAGGAGGAGAUCACCGUGUCUUAGAAGCCUUCCCGCGCCCGGUGUUACUGAUUGAUUAUAAGUGCUUUGAAAUUGAAGAGGUGGGAUUCAGUGCGUGUUCACUUAGUCUCCUCUGCCCAGACGCUGCCGCGCCCUGCUGAGCUUUUACCUCGUCUAGGGCACCUCGGUCCCUUCCAUUGCCCCAAGUGACAUUCCCUUCCCCCACAAAACACCUCCCAACAGCCACUCCACAGAAGUUUAGGUCUUGGUCCCAGCCUUAACUUUUCCACAGGGGCUCCUAUCUUGUUUAUUGCAAGCAAUUUUAAACACAGUGGGGUGUUUACUCCCACAGCCUGCGUUUAACGGAGACAGGCCCCGCUGGUCUGCAGCAGCAGCAACCCUGGAAGAUAGGAAACCCUUUAUGAAGUUGGAAGCCGAGUUAGGAGUCACAAUAUCAAGCAUCUAACUUCAGGACCCCUGACUUCCUAGAUUCCAUCCCCCUCCCUAUCUGAGGUAGCAAGGGCCUCCUACCCAACUCCAGACUCUGGUAACCCAGUCUUCCCCAUAGCAGUGUCCUUAGAAAGCUCAAGAA